GGAGGUUAAGCCCUUAAAGCAUGGAAGAAAGAAGAAGAAAUAGUCCAUUUGUCACAGGUAGGACACCCAUCAGUGGCCAGCCAAUACGAGGCAUUCCAUUGAGACAGCCUGGUGGAGCAGUGGGUGCGCCUGGGAGUGUACCUGGGAGUGUACCUGGAAGAGUCCCUGGUGCUGUGCCUGGCCGUUCUCCCUUCAUAAGAGGGACGGAAUCGCUGAAUCGAGGUCUACGACAACUUAGCACUAAGCCCGAGGUUACCAAGCACGCUGGUGUCAAGCCGUCUCUGCUGAACACCCAGAGUGUCACGUCAUCUGGGUGUAAUGAUCUAGAUAAGAUACUGGAGCAUCAGGGGAUUCCCCUAGGCUCAUCCAUACUUGUUGAAGAAUCAGGCACCACUGAUUUUGCAAACGUUCUUUCAAAGGUGUUUGUAUCUCAAGGUAUUGUUCACAACAGACUGGACCCCCAAAUUAGUAAUACACAUAUCAUAUUGCUAACUUCAAAUCAACAUUGGACGAAGGAGUUGCCAGGUGUUUUCAAAGGCUCUUCAAGGGAUAUAAAGAAGCAGAGGGUCCAGGAGAAUGAGAACAAGCUCUCUGUUCAGAACUUGAUCACAGGCGAUAGCCAUGUUGCCAGAUCUAAGGACUUGAAGAUUGCAUGGAGAUACGGCUUGAACGACCAGAACAAGGCACAGACACAGUCGCAAGGCGAUAAUAACGUAUUGUACAAGGACUACAACCAUCAAUUCGACAUCACAAGUAGAUUGUCACCUGGCCCAGGGACAAACGAAUUGACUACAAUACAGAUUAGCUCGAAUUUCAAGUCCAUCUUGAAGAACAUCGAACACGUUAUUAUGCAACACCAAGGGAAAGUUAUCAGAUUGUUAAUACCAUCCUUCUUGAACCCAUCAAUGUAUCCACCACAGCUCACCUCGAGCCAUGAGGCAUUACAAUUCGCACAUGGACUGAGAUCGCUUACGAGGAAGUUUGACAAACUAUGUAUAAUGGUCACCCUUGCGCUGGAUUUAUACCCAAGAAGUAGUGCACUGGUGAAGCUGUUGGAAAGCUUGACAGACUCAGUGAUACAUUUAGAGCCUUUCAACCAGGAGAUGACAAGGUUUUUGGAGAAAGCAUACCAUAACCAACCUACAAAGGUAUCUCACGGACUGGUUCACGUCUAUAAAAUUGCCCACGCAAGCGAACGAGGACAGAUGAAGGUUACUGUCAACGAGUAUGCGUUCAAGAACGGUAGAAAGAAAUUUGAGAUUGAAGAAUGGGGAAUUCCAGUCGAGGACGAAGGUGACGACGAUGCUAAGAAAUCCAUGGAGUUUUGAACAAUGCAAGGGUAUACAAGAGAUGUUAAUUGCAAAGCGAAACUUAACGG